CGAUUGAGCUGGAUUAUGUGUAACCCCAAAACAAAAUCACUGCUGGGAACUGGCAAACCCGCCGCUGGCUACCGGGAGCUCCCCGACCUGCAGCGCACCGCGGCUGUCCUCGCUCCCCCCACUCACCUCUGCCGCCUCUCCGCCCCUCCCCGUGGCGUCGGGCCGGGGCGGGCAGGAGCGCCCCUUCACUCCGCUCCGUCUCCAUCCCCAUCCUCAUCCUCCCGUCUCCUCCAGCCCAGGUGUCUCGCCGCUGCCAUGCUGCCGACGUGUCCCCGAGGAGCCCUGCCCGGUGCCUCCCUCCUCUUCCUCCUCCUUUUUCCUCUGCUCUGCGCAGCCCCCGAUGUGUCAAGGGGGAAUAAGCUUAAAGAGAUGUUUCAGAAACGAGAAGCCCCAGUUGCCACGAAGCCUGAGCUGUCAGUGAAAGAAACAACAGCCAAGGCAUUCCUAAACAGCCUGAGACGCCAGAGGCGCCAGCUGUGGGACAGGAGCCAGCCUGAUGUACAGCAGUGGUACCAGCAGUUCCUGUACCUGGGAUUUGAUGAGGCGAAAUUUGAGGAUGACAUGUCCUACUGGACCAGCUUAGGGCGUGCUCGCAAUGAAUACUACGGUGGGUACUACCAACACCACUAUGAUGAAGAUGCACCGAUUGGUCCACGAAAUCCACACAGUUUCAGGCAUGGAGCAGGUGUCAACUAUGAUGAUUAUUAAUGCCAUUUACCCUGCUAUAGCUGGUGCCUACACAGCUGCACUGCAUGAGGCUGAGUCGUCCUCCCUCAGCCUUGCUUUCCUUCCAUUCAUGUAAAACAGCAAGAGCAAAGGAACUGCCAGACUAAGACAAAAGCAACACGACUUUUUUAAUUAUUGUUACUUAGUAGCACGCUUUAUAUAAAGUGUUAUAGAAAUAAAGCUUUUUUGAUAAAGAG